GGACCCGCCCAUAGUAAAAUACAGGGAAAUGUUUGAUGGAUCGUGAAGUUCAUUCAAGCUUUCAGCCAGCGUGGUAAUGUUACACAUGAUAAGAGACGCAAAUGAAUUCCCCGUAAUUCGCAGACUGAUCUUUAGCGUUGCUCGUAAACGGGAGCCGAUGACCGUGACCAUGUGUGACGGGCUGUAGUGUUUGCAGUUGCUCUGGCUCACUCGCUCGGUCGGGGAUCUGUCAGCAGUGCGGAAGAGAGGGAGAAAGAGGGAUGGGGCAGAUAUAUGCCAUCAAACUGACUCACAAGAGACUGAAAUGAUGCGGAGAUUCCGUCGCGCCAUAAAGCUCGAACACAAUUCAACAAAAUAAGAGGCAGAACCAUGCUUGCUCGGAUAUAGACCCGUGAGCGACAGCUAGACAGCAGUCAAUGACAUUGAUGAAGCCAGCUGUCACUCACACGCUCCCGAAGCCUCGACACACGCCGAGGGUCUUUGGAAGCUCGAUUUUGGAACUGAAACUUUUUUUUCAAACAUCAAAACAGAUUUAUUGGAGUGUCUUCUGCGAGAGCCAAAUCGAAAGCAACUUAGCUGUGAUCGGGAGAUUGUUGAACAAAGACACGCGACCAAGUUAAUAGGUUGCUUUAUGCUGUAGGGAGACUGGUGGAAGAAACUUUGAAUGCUGCAAUACUAAGCCACAGCUUCCUGUAACUGCAAAACAACGUUGGAGGUUUAACAGUUAACGUAACAAAAACCCCACACACCACUCCUCCCUGCCUCAAAGCUCCUCAUACUGCAUGGUCAUGGCGAUGAGCAGUGAUCCUGGUUGCUUGGGGUUGGACCUUGACCCAGACUCUUCCCCGACUGCUGAAAUGACUGACAAGAUGUCUGCAAUGUCCCUAAGGUCUGACCCUACCUCCAGCGUAUUGAAGAAUGGGACAGGUGUGAAGAAAGCUCUGCCCAAGAGGCCACACCUGUCAGGCAGGAAGAUGUCAUUGCAGGAGAGAGGGACAUACGUAUCUUCUGGCGGCGGGGCUGAGCGCUACUCCCGAAUAGCCAGACAGCCAACCAUCGAGUCCAGACGAGUGUCCAUCUCAGACUCGCAGGAUUGCAUCCAGCUUAACCAAUACAAGUUAAAGAGUGAGAUUGGGAAGGGCUCAUAUGGUGUUGUCAAGUUGGCAUACAACGAGGAUGAUGACAAAUAUUAUGCAAUGAAAGUGGUAUCUAAGAAGAAGCUGAUGAAACAGUAUGGUUUUCCUCGCCGGCCUCCUCCCCGAGGUCCUAAAGCAGCCCAGGGGGAGCAGCCCAAGGUGCUUGGUCCUCUGGAGAGAGUUUACCAGGAGAUAGCCAUCCUGAAAAAACUGGACCACCUCAACAUUGUUAAACUGGUUGAGGUGCUGGAUGAUCCAGCGGAGGACAACCUUCACAUGGUGUUUGAGCUGAUGCAGAAGGGCCCUGUAAUGGAGGUUCCCAGCGACAGUCCCUUCAGUGAAGACCAGGCCCGCCACUACUUCAGAGACAUUGUUCUGGGCAUCGAGUACUUGCACUUUCAGAAGAUCGUUCACAGGGAUAUCAAACCAUCUAAUUUAUUACUUGGAGAUGACGGCCAUGUGAAAAUAGCCGAUUUUGGGGUCAGUAACCAGUUUGAGGGUAACGAUGCCUGUCUCUCCAGCACUGCUGGUACUCCUGCAUUCAUGGCCCCAGAGACACUGUCAGACAACCGCCAGAGCUUUAGUGGAAAGGCUCUGGAUGUGUGGGCUAUGGGAGUGACUCUCUACUGUUUCGUGUAUGGGAAGUGCCCAUUUAUUGAUGAGUACAUUCUGGCACUUCACAAUAAGAUCAAGUGUAAGCCGGUGGAGUUCCCCGAGACGCCAGCUAUCAGCGAAGGGCUAAAGGACCUGGUCACACGAAUGCUGGACAAAAACCCAGAUACCAGGAUCACUGUUCCUGAGAUCAAAGUGGACCCCUGGGUGACUCAGGAUGGUAUAGACCCAUUGCCUUUAGAAGAGGAGCACUGUACUGCGGUAGAAGUCACUGAAGAGGAGGUACAGAACUCAGUGAAGUUUGUCCCCAGUCUAUCUGCUGUGAUACUGGUGAAAGCCAUGUUAAGGAAGCGUUCCUUUGGGAAUCCAUUUGAGUGUCCGAGCAGGAGAGAAGAGAGGUCCAUGUCUGCUCCUAGCAGUCUUCUCAUGGACUCUUGGCCAUUCCGGCCCUCUUUUAAACUCCAGCCCUCGUUAAGAAAGGGGAGCAGUGGAGAGGCGGGUAGAGAAGUCGAGCUCGAGGACUUGCAUGAGGAUGAACCACCCACCUUUUGAGUGUCUCCAUAGAUUCUGAAGCGUUCCUCAUUGUCUGCGCUUCUUUAUUCAGACACUUCCAACCCUUCGAGCAGAUGACCAUCAUGACCCAAACCGCUACACUACACUCUAUUUUCACCAACUUGAGGCUUAUCUUGACAUUGAACUGGAUUCUGCUAUUGCUUGUCAUCAUUCAAGCUUUUUACUUUUUUUCAGUCUUGCACAAGAAUCACUUUCCUUGCUUUUUUUUGUUUUUUUUAAGACCAUCGUAGUAAUGGUUCUCAGAAAACCUGGCCUUGGUAAUCCGGCGAAAAUCCAUACUUUUUCCUUCAUGCAGUUUGGAUCUUUUAAUCUUUGUUCUCUUAUCGUGACUAAACAAGAAGAUUUUGGAUGGAAUCUUGGCUAGGUUUGUUUGAAAACCAGACCAUGUCAUUACCUUUCUUAAGCAAGACUCCAACAUUUACAAAAGAUGCUAAUAUUAACUUGGUAUGGCACCUCAUAAAGCUAAAAAACAGUGAUGGCGUUGAGGCAGUGUGCUGCCAUCAUAACGUUUGUACAUGUGUAAAAUAAUAGCUAUGGUGUCUUGCCUUUUUGUAUAAUGUUAAUGUGCAAUUCUUAACCCUAUCCGCAUCAUUGCAUGCCUGAAAUAUGGCCUUUUCCAUAUUAUGGUGUUUCCAUAUCUCUGUUGCUUUCCAUUUCUUUCAUACUAUAAAAAUUUUCUCAUUUCAUUCAGAUACAAUGUAUAAACAGACACACACACAGUGUUGUAGUGUGAAUCAAAGGGGCUUAUGUAACUACUAUAUACUUGAUGUAUAAAUGACAGCACAUUCAGUCAGUUCCAACAAACAGGGCUUUCUCACGAAAUAUACUGCUUUUGGUAUAAGCAUUAACUAGAACAGGGCUUUUUAUCCAUGUUUGUGAACGUCAGAAAUCCCACAUUUGGAGCGCACCGGAUGCAGGGCUCCCAUGUCGCAGUGCUUUGUCUCUACAUGAACAGAAAUGUGUCAUUGUUUACUGAGUCUUCACAUUCCAAAAGGCUUUAUCAGUCAACGGGUGCUCGAACGCACAAACAAAUAUGCUACCAAGGCAAGCAAGUGUGUACUGAUGCGGAAGGAGAAGGAGUCACUUUCACUCAAAACAGACAAGUCAAUUGAGGGAAGGAUCUGAAUAUGGUGUUUAGCUGUGGAGCGAAAGUGAACCGCUAUUCAGUGUCAUCACGGUCCCUCUUGGCCUGUAUUAACUCAGUCCAAAACAAUACUCCCUUGUUUACAUCGGAUCGUCUGCCAGGCGAACCCGUCAGCCCCUGUUAUUGAAACGUUUUUUGAAUCUGAGUGGACAGCUAAUACGCAUUGGCGAUCAAGAUAUUUAAUUAUGAGCACAGAUCACUCAUAUUAAUUAUAUUUUUAUUGUGAAAUCCCCACUGAGUGUGUUUGUUUUAAAAGGACAGUUCACACAAAAAUGUAAUACUGUUAUUAUUUACCAAAAGGUCUGUUUAUACCAAUACAAAUGUUCGGCACAAAAUUCUGUCCAAUAUUUGCAUGCAAUUUUUCUGUUCAGACAAAAAACUGAAAAUGGCAAAUUCAUGCUUUUAAAUUUGCUUUACGCUAUUUAUGCUACUCUAUAUUGACUAGUUUUCCGUAGCCAGACCAUCAGACUGACGGAAGACUGGCAGAAAGUUUUGAGUCCAAAGCAGUUGUCAUUGGCCAAGGACCACCCAAGAGGACGUCUGACUGACAUGUAAAUCAACCAAUUACAGUUCACUUGGUUCAACGUCAUGUUUAGGGGCGUGAAAAAGUAAAGUUAGUCUCCCCACAAUAACAGACCGUCGUACAGUUUAUUCAAGAAUGUCGUGCAAGUAUACUGCAACAAUUGUGCUGUGAACUUUGCAUUGUUUAAAAAAUCCAGCUUUUGGUUGAUCUUGAUGAGCGAUCAUUGACACUGUUAUAAACACAAUGACAUUAUUCUUCUAUUAGGGGGUUUGACAAUCAGAUGAUGGCCUUGAAACUCCCAAAAUGUUUCCCAUUUUGUGUGCCACAUGCAUCAACGGUCCAUGGACGUGGAUCCGUCAUCUGCUAUUUAAAUAAUUCCAAAUGAUGAAUUCAAAUAUAGUGUUAAAUAUGAACACUAAAUAAGUGAUCGAGUUGAUGUGCAUGUUUAUCUCACACAAGCUUCAAAUCUGAUUUGAUCUUUUAAUAUGCACACACUGCACAAAUAACUUAGAUUUCCAUUGUUGUUGCAUUCUAACUAUACUCUUAUCAUUGCUUAUUUUCUUUGUUUUAGAAAUCAGACUUUUUAUUUAUAUAUUUUGGGUCCUAAUUAAGAGACGAAGAGCACGUGAAGCUUUGUGCCAUGCUGUUUAUAUAUAUAUAUAUAUAUAUAUAUAUAUAUCAAUCAGUAAAAAUGCCCCUUCCCACGUCCAAAAAAGUUAGGUUUUUUGCAAACUUUGAAAAUAUUUUCUUUAUGUUUGGAUGGAAACCCAGCUAAUGAGUGGAAGGAAAUUUUUUAGAUUGUCACGAAAGACAUUUAUUUCACAAUAUUCAACAACAACAGCACCUCGUUCCAUGCAUCAUACGUCAGCAUAUUACGUCACUAUGUGUAAGACUUCCCAGUUUAGUUCUUCAAUCCAAUCAAAUUGUCGUCACCACCCCUUACAAUCCGUUUGAAAUUUCAAAGUUGGCCAAUUCAUUCCAAUUGACAUUCGGACUGUGCUACUAGUCAGAUUACAAACAUAUUAUCAGGGCCCGUGUAAAUGCAUAAAAGAGUAGCUUGGACUAUUUUGAGGUGAACUGUCCCUUUAAGUCAUUUCAAGACAAUAAAACAGGACUCAAUUAGGUCAGCUGCCAAUUAUUUCUAAUAAGCAGCAAGUGGUUAGAGCAAACCUUUAACCGAUGUCAGUCAUUUAGAUGACUCAUUAUUGCUUAUGAAGACGGAUUGAUAAACUGCAGUGAAGCGCUUUAUAUUCUCACUGAUAUCCUGUGCAGAUGGUGGUCCAUUUUUCACUCCUACACAUUCUUCCCCUGUUCUCUCUCUUUCCCCAUCUCUCUUUGACCCUCUCUUAUGGACAAACUCCUUGUAGAUUGGUUCUUGCCCAUACCAUUUUCUCUUUCACAGGAAAACAAAAAACAAAAAGCAUUUUCAGUGCCAAACGACUGGUCUUUUUUUGGUCUGUUUGUAUAGAGUAUUUGAUUUAAAUGCAUUAAAUGGAGUCUCAUUUCUGUUGUGUAUUAGGAUUCUGUAUGCGGUACUCAGGGUCUGGAUACUGCUGUUCUGGAAAUACAGAGAGAAUGGAGUAGCAUAUUCGGUGUUCAGGAGCUCUAAGGUGUGUUUAUUGUAUGUGUAAAAAAAUCCAUUGAAUGUUUUUAAAUGACCUCCCUUCUCUUAUAUGUGCAGUCGCAUUUGUCCAUUCUGUCUUAAAUGUGCAGUUUUCUUGUCUGUUACUUCGUGAUGUAUGCUACUGUAUGCACCUGUUAGUGUCUUGACGUACGGCAUGUCUCUUAACUUGCUAUAACCUUUAGAAACCUCUCUCUAGGUUCCCUGUUCCUUUUGAUAUCUAUGAGACAAAACAAAUAAUGUCUAAAACCCCUUUAAAUGGUUUCCUUCAGGACUUUUGUAUAAGCUAAACAUAUGCAGCAAAAUGCCAUUCUCUGUCUGAGCAAUCAACUCGAGUACGAUGGCUUUCUUUUAUUGUCAGGGUUUCAGCGCAUGUGCAAUAGAUGAGGUUUGAUCAUUUGUCUACCCGCAUUUAUAAAGGAGUCUCUGAAGGAAGUGAGAGAAAAGUGACCAUUUUGAUGCACUUUGUUGCUGCAAAACGUUCUUGCUAUCAAAGCUUUAUGCUUUUUUUUUUCAUUUCUUACUAAUGUUGUUUCAAAAGUAUAUCAGAAUUGAUUCAUGUAUAUAGAUCGUAGAACACUGUCUCGCUCACAUACCUGCAGUUUGAACUGCCCAGUUAUUUGUGUCAGAGUGCCUGAUAUUGCUGGUUAUUUAUAGACGUCCGUAUUCUGCUGCAUUGAUCUGAAUGUACCUAUUACAAAAAUCAAAGAAAAUAGACAAAAAAGCAUGGCCCGAGAAAGCACUGAAUGCAACUCUUACUAUGUAAAUAUGUAUCAAACCAUAUAAAGAUGCUAUUUUUUGCAUGCUUUUUGUACACAUAGACAUAAUCAAAGACAAUAAAGAUAUCACAGGUGA